AUUGGAUGCGGAGUCACCUGGAUCCCUGGCAAUGACCGAGGGGCUGCAGGGUUAUGGCUCAGAUCUGAUCCGGGGGGGUUGCUGAGGCUGCAGAAGGGCAGCAGGGCUGUGUCCAAACCGGCUGUGGUCCAGGGGUGGCGCAGCUCCAGCAGGGAGUUUGCAUUUCUUUCGUUUCUUCCCUGGAGGGUGGAUUGGGAAUGGAUGGGGUGAAAAACUGAGGUGUGUUUAAAGCACCACUGAGGACGGACCCCACGGGGGGUGACACACAGAUGUUCACAAAUGGCUCAGUGUGUCCCUAGCCCACUCUCCAAGGGCAAAUUCCUGCAGCUUCCACCUUCCCAACACCCACAAAUCCAUUGUGUGGAGUGUGUGAAAUCCCAGCUGCCACAUCCCUGGGCUUCCUUGGCUUGGCAUGCUGGGUGGGCACCAGACCCUGGGCACCACCACGGCUGCUCUGCCGUGACUUUUUCCUGCCCAGUGUGAGUGGCCUCUGCGUGGGGCUCUGUUCCUCUGUCCCUGCCACUGCUGCCAUUCCAGACACGGCUUUGUAGGAGCUCUUGGCACAACCAGUAACACAAGUGGGGGAUGUCAAUGGGCCAGAUGUGACACUACAGACCACAGUCCUGCCCUUUACUGGAAAAAGGUGCCGUGGAAGUUUAUUUUUGCUCCAUUUCCCAUGGCAGAGUGGGUGGCUGUGGUUUUGCUGUGGGGCCCCUGCUCCCUUGGGAUGAGAUGGCACCAGGAUGGCUGAGCCUGACCCGUGCCCACCCACUGCAGUCCCCAGUCCUGCUCGGGAUCCAGGGACACUGUGACCGCUCUGUCACGGCUGAAGCCCUCGCCCACGGUGUGGGACAACUCUGGGCCCUGUGUCCUGAUCCGGUCUGGCUGGACGUGGGCAGCAGCCUGCGCUGCCUUUUGCCACAAGAUAAUUUGGAAAAUUAUGAGAAACAGGGUUUGAGACGGCAUCUGGCCCACUGCUGCCACCGCACAGGUCCCUUGGGUCCCAGCCCGCGGAGCUGGGGGAAGACGUGGCCGAGCAGGAACAGAAAAGGGGGCAUUUUCUUUCCAAGCCUCCAAGAGCCCCACGCUCGGGCUCCCUCCCGACUCCCGGGGGGCUGUGGCGGACACCCCCAAAUCCACGGAGAAAACAUUCCAAAAGUCACAAAAAUACAUAUGCGUCAAAAUUAAAAAUAAAUCCACCCCGGGAGCUCGGCCGGGCUGUUUGUGCCGCUGGCUCCGCGGGCGCGGAUGCGAUAAGAUAAAGGCAGAAGCAGGGAGGGGCGGCGCGGAGCUGCGCGGAGCCGGGCGCACCCGCGGAGCCGCCGGCGGGGCCCGAGCGGACGGACGGACAGACACACACACAUAGGGACAGUCAGGCGGGCGGACGGACGGACAGACACACACAUAGAGGGACAGUCAGGCGGACGGACAGACGGACAGACACACACACAUAGGGACAGUCAGGCAGGCGGACGGACGGACGGGGCGGCCCCUCCGCUCCGCCUCCGCGUAGCCUCCGCCCCCGGCCGCGCCGCUCCGCUUUACAUAACCCGUCCGGGGCCGGGGUCCGCGCCCCGCGCCUCCGCCCGGCGGAAAUGCGGAGCCGCCUGCCCCGGUUUCCUGCCUGAGCCGUGCCGUGCCGUGCCGUGCCGAGCUGAGCCGUGCGCCCCGUCCCGCCCGCCCCGUCCCGGGCGUUCCGCCGCUCCAUCAUGGGCGAGCGGCAGCCGGACGCCUUCUCCUGCAGCGCGGCCGCCUCGCUGGAGCCUCGGCAAUGAAUGGGCACUCGCUGCCGGCCGGCACGCCAGCGCAUCCUCGGGGCUGGCAUGAGUUCUGCGAGCUGCACGCCAUCAGCACCGCCAAGGAGCUGGCGCGGCACUACCUGCGCUUCGCCACCGAGCACCCGCACCAUGACCUCCUGGCCGCCGAGAACUUCUCGGUGCAGUUCACCGACCUCUUCCAGCAGUACUUCUGCCACGAGGUGAAGGAGGGCAUCGCCAUGAACCAGCUCCGCAUCCUGCCCGCCGGCCCGGCGCGGGAUUACCGGGACACGCACCGGCGGCACACCGACGCUUCCCUGGGCACGGUGGCCACCAAAGCCGAGGCGGAGCCCGGUGCCCGCCCCGAGCAGCCCGUCCGAGCCCCCGAGGCUGCUCCCUCUGGACUACGCAAGUCCUGGAGCUCGGAGGAGCUGGCGGGGCCGGCGCGGAGGCCCUUCUCGCUCAGCCAGCUGCGCAGGAGCUGGCGCAGCCUCUUCCGACGCCGCUCCUCGGACGCGCUCCCCGGGGAUGGCGAUGGGGAGGCGGCGGAGGCGGCUCUCAAGCCGGGACUGGGGAAGCGCAUCCUACCGUGGGGGCUGUCGCGGGAGCAGCCCCCCGAGGUGCGCAAGGAGGGGCUGCUCAAGUACGGGCUGCUGGAUGAGAAUUCCCUGGACAGCGGGACGCGCUGGCAGCGCUGCCGCCUGGUGCUGCGGCGAGCGGGGCCGCCCGACGCCGAGGAAUUCGUGCUGGAGCUCUUCGACCCGCCCAAGGGCUCCAAGCCGAAGCUGCUCGUCGCCUGCUCCGCCGUGCAGGAGGUGCGGAGGUGCACACGCCUCGAGAUGCCCGAUAACCUCCACACCUUUGUCCUCAAGGUCACCAAUGCCACCGACAUCCUGUUUGAGGCAGGGGAUGAGCAGCAGCUCAGCUGCUGGACGGCCGAGAUCCGGGAGUGUGUGCGCAGGGGCCUGGCUUCUCCUGUCCCCAGCAGGUCUGACACAGGUGACUCUGAGCUCCUGACGUGCCGACACCCCGACCCUACAGCCGCCAGCCCUGCCAGCAGCACCGACCCUGUCAGCCAAGGGGCGACUCCGGGGGGCCCGGGGGAGGCGGCGGGGCCGAAGAUGGAGCAGUUCCUCUCCUCCUGCCCCUGGUUCCACGGGCCCAUCUCCCGAGUGAAGGCGGCUCAGCUGGUGCAGCUGGGGGGGCUGGAGGGCCACGGCGUGUUCCUGGUGCGGCAGAGCGAGACGCGCCGCGGCGAGUACGUGCUCACCUUCAACUUCCAGGGCAGAGCGAAGCACCUGCGGCUGGCGCUGACGGAGCGGGGCCAGUGCCGGGUCCAGCACCUCCGCUUCUCCUCCAUCGUGGAGAUGCUGCAGCACUUCCACCGCUACCCCAUCCCGCUGGAGUGCGGCACCGCCUGCGACGUGCGGCUCUCCAGCUACGUCGUCGUCCUGCCCCAGGCACAAGCUCCCGGCUCCAGCACCACGGUCCCCCUCCCGCUGCCCUUUCCAGGCUGGAGCCCCGAGUUCGGCCUCAUCCCCACCAGCUCCUCCUGCCCUCACAACCCCGACGAGCCCCCCGGGGGUCCCCCAGCGGAGCAGAUCUUCCACCUGGUGCCGCCGCCGGCCGAGCUGGCGCAGAGCCUGCGCCCGGCCAGGGCCACCGCGGCCACCGCGCCCCGGCCCCGCGACUCGGACUAUGAGGUGGAGGCACCGGGCCGGGGCCACGUCCGUGCCAUCGACAACCAGUACACGCCACUCUGACCAGCACGGCGCCGGCACUGGGAUGCACUUUCGGGUGGAGAAAUCCUGGAGACCUUCUGGGGGAUCCAUCGAGAGAAAGAAUGUACCUGUUUCUUCCUUCUGGUUAGGGAUUAUUGUUGUAUUUUUUUGCAAGGAAGGGGGUAAUUUUUCACUCCUGUACGGGUGUGCUCCCUCUCGUUGGCCUGUUAAAGGGCCUCUUAUUGUUGUUUUUUUGUUGUUUUUAUCGAAGCUUUCUCGUUACUGUUUACACAACGCCGCUCGUGCCUGCGCCGGGCCCGGUGUCCUGCCUGUCCUGACAUGACAGAGCCCAGCCAAGGAACCAGGGGCUUGUGUUACACCCACGGAAUUAGAGGAAGUUAAAAAAAACCCCAGGAUAACAAGGAAAGAAUGAUUAUAAAUUCACUGCCAAGUUGCUGCUCCAGGCCUCAUCCUCCUGCCCUGGCUGCUGAACCCACCAGCAGAGCCCGACUGAGCUGAGCUCCCACAAGAGGUGGUGAGCAGGGUUUGGGCUUUUUUUUUUUUUUUUUAGCUAAGGCAAAAACUGGCUUUUUCCUGCUUUUCCUUUUUAACCCAGCACAGCCGUGGUCACUCCCUGCGCCAGGCAGAGGGAUCCUCAUCCCGCUCUCCCGGCUGAUUGAGACUGAACACUAAUUGCUCCAUCCUUAGCCAUGGCACCAGCUGAGAACUAACACAGAGACUGACACAAACCUCUCCUGCUGGUGAGGGAGGGGUUUAUCCCUUUGUAUCCUGGUGAUGGAUGCGUUCUAUCCCGGUGAUGGAGGCUUUUUAUCCCUGCGGUGAAUGGGUUUUUAUCCUGGUGAUGGAACCGUUUUAUCCCAGUGAUGGAACCGUUUUAUCCCAGUGAUUUUAGGCACAAAUCUAAAGUCAGUUUUCCCCUUAAAGAGCCCCCAUACUCUUGCUUGCCUUUUUGCCCCCAAAACACCGUGUCACCAGGAGCUUGGUGGCAUUUUGAUCUCCACAACAGCCUCUUGCAGGCGAUGGGGGUCCCUGGGGAACAAAUGUGGGGUCCCAAAUCCCUGGGUCUCAUCAUCCCCUGACCCCCAGCUGUCCCCAAACUCUGCUGCUGUUCCUGAGCCCCCUGGGCUGCUUCACCUGCCUGGGGCAGCCGUGAGAGAGGAAGCACUUCUGAGAAGCUGCCUUUAUUUUAGGAAAGAGGAAGGGCUGGAGCCGUUGCGCCACACAGGAGGGGAUGUUCACAGUAUUCAACUUCCAGAUUUCCCAGCACAGCCUUCCCUGGGAUUUCGGAUGCAAAACUUGCCUUGAGAUUGCCUUACAGAAAGCAUUUUUAUUUCUAUUUUCCUUGAAAUUGCAAUACAGGUGGGAGCCCUCAGGAGCAUUAACAUUUAGCAAUUAAUUUGAAAACCAGCAAACACAAAGCCUCGUUGGGCUGAGUUAGGGAAUUCCACAAAAACCCAGCCUCUAGGACAGGCUUUGCAGGUUCUGGGUGAGCACAAAGUCCAAGGAGACAAGGUCAGGAGCUGAAGGGCAAGGCCAAAAUAUCUGGGGCCAAACAGCCCAGGAAGCAGCCAUGAGAGCAAAUCUGGGUUUAUAAAUCUGAGUAUGAGGCUGAGACAAACGGGAACCAUCAACUGAAGAAACCAUUUAGGUUUUCCUUUUGUGCCUCCCCAUUGCUUGCUCUUGCUCUCUCCUGGGCUUUGUGCGUUUAGAGCAGGCAAAGGCUUUUUUUUCCCCCUGCUUUCUCUACACUUGUGCCUGAAACUGGAGCAUUAAGAGCAAAUUGCACUGGUCCUGCAGCACUGCCAGCCCCGGAGAGGCUCUCGGAGGAACAAAGCCAGCCCUGUCCUCGCUGGGCUCCUCAGCUGUAUCCGCAUCCCAUUCUCCUCCCUGGAGCAGCACAAAGGCUGCAGCCAGAGGCAGGAGCACAUCCCCAGGGCUGGCUUGUGCCAGGCAAGGCAGCUCCCUCCGAGGCUCAUAAAUAACUCCCCGUGCUCUUGCAUUUAUAGGGAUGGGGAAGGGAAGGGGGGACAGCACAGCGCGAGUUGUUGUUUCCUUUCCUCGCUUGCUGCCCGCUUCCCAAAGCCUUGGAAAACACAGGGAUGUGCUAAAUCUUGCUCAGGUUGCUGGUUUUAGUCCCACUGAGCUCCAGGGAGUUGCUUUCAAAGGGGUUUUCCCCCAAAAGGCGAGGUGAAAUCACCCGAAUCUCCCGACAUCUGCAAAGAAAGGAUGGGCUGGGAAAAGGCAGCGCUAUUCACAUCCCCUGCCAGAUGAAUCCAGAGAAAUCCUUGCCAGAUAAAUCAGAUGCUGCUGGGGUGGGUUGUUUUGGCACGCCAGGACUUUAUUGUUGCAGUGCCAGAACUGAAACAUGCGUGUGCAUGUGGUAUUUUUAACCUGCAGUUUAAUUACAAGGGGGUUCUCCGCAGUUUAAAUGGAAAUUGCUGUGCUUGAUUAGUAAAAUACACGUUGGGUUCAUUAUCAGCCACUUCCCCCAUGCAAACAAACUCCAGUGGGGGAGAACUGUUCUCCCCACCAGUGGGAGAGUCCCUCUGAUUAUUUAAUAGCUAAUUCCAUCCCCAAACUCACCCACAGGCAGCUGAGGGCUGUCCAGCCCUGCCAGCUCCACCAGUUCCUCAUUUCAGAUCCACUGCAGCAGGACCUGAGGGGAUUUUUGGGCUAUUUCCCAAACUCCCAGGGGGAACUGAGUUUGAAAUCCCAUUUCUCCUAGAAAACAUCUGGCUGGUGACACAGGUCAGAGCACAGCUCUGCUCCUGCCAGCACGUUACUGCAGCCCUAAGGUACUCGCUCCUCUGCACUAUAGCAGUGGGCAAAGAGCAUUAAGCCAUUCCACCCUAUGGAAUAGAAGCAUUUUGCAGGAUUUUUUAUAUUCUUGUGAUUUGAGAGAAGAGCCCAGGGCUGGGCAGGUUUUGUUCUUCGGCCCCUGUGGGCUUUUACUGGCAUUUGUGGGGAUUUUGGGAGGAGGGGAAGCCAAGGGCAGGUGGCCCCUGGUGAGGUGUAGGCACCAGUUUGUGCCUUGGCCCUGGAGAUGGGCACGUGGAACACGAGUUUGGAUCCCACCCAAGGAAGCCAGGAGCCACAGGAGCAGCUCUUGGAGCUGGGCUGGAAGUCCUGCCCGAGGGCCUCCCCCAGGAGAGGCUGGGGAAGGGGAGCCCCAUUUCAUCCAGCUCCUCAGGACAGUUUUUAGCAAUAAAAAUGAAAACCAGGCAGUGCCUUUGCUCUGUGACAGCAGGGACUUGGUUUUAGGGCACAAUCCAAAACUUGGGUCCUGCCAGAAUUCCUCCCCCUCCUCUUCCUCUUGCUGUUUGCUGACAGCCACUCCUGCUUGGUGGCCUUUGUGUCCCCAAGGGUGUCAGGCUGUGAAGGAGCUCCUGACAUGAAGCAUUAGUGGAUGUCUCCCUCCCUCCCUUCCAGAUCCCAGCCCAGCAGGUACCGAACACUGACACCAAAAUUCCUCACCCAUCCCUUUGGAUUGAAGCUAUUUUGGGGUGAAACUUCUAGGAAAAGAUCCAGGGAGAAGCCAAAGCUUCUCAUUUCUCAUCUGGACCACCAAACCCCGGUGUCAUCCAGCAUUCCAAACUUUUAGCUUUGAUCCAAACAGCCCCAACAUUCCCCAGCAGCUCCCAGAGGCAGGGAGGUGACUCUGUAUUCCCUAACUCAGCCUUUAGCAGGACGAUUAAAGCCAACAAUUUUGUUGGGAGUGUAUUAAUUUGAAAGUUCUACUUUUCACCUGCACAGAAAAGUUCUUCUUGUAUAGUAAUUUUUUUCUAUAUAUUGUUUCUGUAUGUACUGUACAAGUAACUUAUUCUUGAAUAAUGCAAUUUUACCAUAAUAUUAAAAAAAAAAAAUCUGCUCUUAAUAAACUGUUUUUAGAACUUG